AUGUCAAAGGUGUAUCAGAACCACCAAGAAUUUGACCGAGGGACUCGUGACUUAAAGGCAUGUUUGGAAUCCCAGCAAAUAAGGGAAGGGAAGGCCGUGACAAGUCUCCCCGGCUACAGCCGUGACAACAAUCUCCCUGGCUACAGCCGUGACAACAGUCUCCCCGGCUACAGCCGUGACAACAAUCUCCCUGGCUACAGCCGUGACAACAGUCUCCCCGCCUACAGCCGUGACAACAGUCCUCCCGGCUACAGCCGUGACAACAGUCUCCCCGGCUACAGCCGUGACAACAGUCUCCCCGCCUACAGCCGUGACAACAGUCUCCCCGGCUACAGCCGUGACAACAGUCCUCCCGGCUACAGCCGUGACAGCAGUCUCCCCUGCUACAGCCGUGACAACAGUCUCCCCGGCUACAGCCGUGACAACAGUCUCCCCGGCUACAGCCGUGACAACAGUCUCCCUGGCUUCAGCCGUGACAACAGUCUCCGCGGCUUCAGCCGUGACAACAGUCUCCCCGGCUUCAGCCGUGACAAGUCUUCCUGGCUACAGCCGUGA